AUCAAUUUCUCGCAAAGGUACGAAAGCAGUUAGGGGUUAAAGAGAUAAAGGGGUUAUGCGAAAACGUGUCGGUGGUGACGGGAUCGCAAUGAAAGUCAAUAAACCGUGAUGAGUAAGAGAGAGUAACAGUCGGAGUGGUAUUAAUAAAUUAGUGUCUAGUUGCUACAAGCAGCAGCAGCAGCAGCAGCAGCAGUAACAGGAGAUGGUGGAAUAACGGAUAAAGAAGAAUAGGAAAAUCGAUGGACAAGAGACAGCGAUGAAGACGAAGAUGGAAAGUGGAUAUUCGAUUCUUUUCCUUGCUGCGAGUUUUCGAGCUGCUUAAUCCCUUCGAUUUAAGCAAGGAAACAACGAUGAUCGACCACAAAAGAUGGAUCUUGCGGAUCCUCGUUUUGGCAAACGUUCACGCCGCGAUCGCUUCGAUCAACCUAACAGAUUCAUCGGAGAUCGAUCAAUCGAACGAGAUGGACUCGUUCACCACGACGAAGAGGACGUUUCUUGACAGGUGUCUGGUGAAGACCGAGCCAGGCCCGUGCAAACAGUACGUCUCCAGGUGGACGUUCAUCAAGACUGAAGGGAAAUGCAAGACUUUCUCUUACGGUGGCUGCUUAGGGAACGAGAAUCGUUUCAACUCGGAAGCCGAGUGUCUAUAUUAUUGCGUGGGUGGUCCUGAACACACACUGUCUUAUUUGGUCACGAAGGGGAAUGUAUUUGUAACGAGCACAGCGACCACGAACACACUGCCUUCUACCACCGCCAUCACUUCACGACCAACGUUUUCACCACCAGAACCGACAAAACCGCCUGUGCCAAAGUACAAACGAGGAAAGGAGCUCACCUUCAUGGAAUCUGGCUACGAGAAAACUUUUAUGUUCGCCCAAAGCAACACGUUUAUUCAACUGGACGGUAGUGGUAUAAAACCGUUUCAACUUCGACUGUGUCGCGAGAUAUCGUUCAAAUUUCGCACAAAAUUGCCCCAUGGUUUGCUGGUCUAUCACAGCGUCAAGGAUCGGCCAGAGAUCCGUUUAGACCCGUAUGCUCUGUACGUGAUCGUGGAGAAAGGGCAGCUGAAAGUGGUGCACGUGUUCGGGAAACGAUCGACCAGUUUGACGGUCGGCGAAGGGUUGAACAGGGAUGAAUGGCACAGCGUUUUGGUGAGGAUCGACGUCCACGGGGCGAAAUUGAUCGCCAGGGUGGACGAUAAACAAGAGGAGACCACGCUUGAAGUUUUGGAACACGUGAUCAAUUAUGGAGUGUCCGAGGAACUGGCGUCUGUCGUCCUUAUCGGUGGGUUAAGCUCCGAGGAACGAUUGCACGGCGUAAAAUACAUAAUAGAAUCAUUCGUUGGCUGCAUAAGAGAUAUGGUUCUCAGCUCGGGCAAAUCGGCCAGCGAUUUGUUGCCCAUUCAACCUCUGAUUGCCACAAAACACGAAAACGUGAGAGAGGGUUGCAUAGACAAAUGUAGAACACGAGAAAAUCUCUGUUUCAUCUCGAGUCAAUGCGUGAAUCACUAUAAUAGUUUAACUUGCGACUGCUUUGGAACGAAGUACGAAGGAGAACGAUGCGAUGUAUAUACGGCCACGAUCUUAACAUUAAGAGGUUCUUCGUACGUAUCUUUCCGCGUUUACGACUGGAAGGACAGAGUUCACUCGUCCGUGAACAGGAUAAGUCUAGCGUUCAAGACGAAGUGGGACGACUCGGCUUUGUUCUACGCUUCCGGAGAAAUCGAUGGUACGCCGCACUACGUGGCAGCCUCCAUAGUGAACGGAUCGGUGCACAUCGAAUUGGAUUUCGGGCACAACUCGAAGAUCGCCACCGUGCUCGGCGAUUACAUCACGUCGAAUCAUUGGAACAAUCUGACGAUAUUCCACAACGGAUCGUUGGUGUUCGUCAGCCUGGACGACGAGAUUAAAAUACUCGAAAUUCCUGGUGAAAAUUACAAUAUGAUCAUCGAUCCUGAGAUCUAUAUAGGCGGUGGUCCGGAAUUGCACAAGAAGAAGGGACUUUUGUCGCACAAUAAUUUCGCAGGCUCGCUGAAAUACGUUUUCUUCAACGACAAGUCCAUUAUUUAUGAGUUGAAGCGUUCCAACCCCAUGGUGCAUUAUAUCGGUGUGCUCGAGCCCGAAUACUACGAGGCGGAUGUUGAUGUGAUUCCAAUAACAUAUCCGUUCGCGACCAGCCACAUUUGGUGGCCAAUAGCACGGACCGACUCCCUUAAAUUGAACUUCGACUUCAAGAGUUCGAAGCCUGUGGCUGUGGUCGCGUCUGGGGACGUGAAAUGUAAUCGUAGCCUCGGAUACUGGGAGCUCCAACUGGUGAACGACGAGAUCCGUUUCCAACUGAUCCCGGUGUUGGGCGAGAACGUCACUGUCACGACUGCAGUGAAAUUCCCGCCUUACAACACGUCUUGGCACGCGGUCGAAUUAAAUUACACGAAAGGGGAGAUCAGCGUUCUGGUCGAUUAUCGGAACAAGCAGAGCAAAUUGUUCCCGAUGACGUUCGAGCUUGGCGACAGAGUUAUCAUAGGAAGUGGAAAGAACAACACGGGUUUGGUCGGAUGUAUGCGCGAGAUACGGGUGAACGACGAGAGGAUAGAGCCUAGAUACGUGAUGAACACUGACAGAGUUAUGGGAGAAGUAGCGUUGGAUAAUUGCCAAUUCAUCGAUCCUUGUACCAGGCCGAACACUUGCGAGCACGGGGGCAAAUGCUCGGUGAAAAAAGACGAAAUCAGCUGUGAUUGCACCGACACCGGUUACGUCGGGAAAAAUUGCCAUUUUACUAAAUUCAGAAAAACGUGCGAGGAAUUAGCAUUGCUAGGAUACACCCAGGACGAUGUGUACAAAAUCGACAUCGACGGUAACGGCAGAUUUCCUCCUGCCCUGGUCAAAUGCGAGUUCCAAUCCAUCGAGAACUCGACAAAGACUAUCGUGGAACACAAUUUACCCUCGCAAGUCGAUGUCAGAUCGAUCGCGGAAUCUGAUUUCUCGUUCAACAUCAAGUACAGACAAUUCACCGCGGAGAUGCUUCAAGAAUUGAUCUCACACUCGUUGUAUUGCAGUCAGUACGUCAAGUACGAUUGCUACAAGGCACCAUUGGAAUUGCACAGCGCCACGUGGUUUCUCAACUCGAAGGGAACCACCGUGGAUUACAUUGGAAAUGUGAAUAGAGGAUCUUGUCCUUGUGGAAUGAACAAGACAUGCAUUAAUCCAAAUUUAAGCUGCAAUUGCGAUUUCACUGGAAAUGGCGAUAAAUGGCUUUCCGACGAAGGAUAUUACGAAACACCGGAUUCUUUAGGCAUCACAGGAAUGGUAUUCUUGCAACAAAGAGAUCUCGAGGAAGAUGCACAAGGACGAAUUACCUUAGGCCCAUUAGAAUGCGUCGAAACGAAUACACAGAAAUACGUUGUGACAUUCACCACUUCGCAAUCGUACAUCGAAGUACCAGGUUGGAGAAAGGGGGAUAUAGCGUUCAGUUUUCGAACAACUGGAGAGAAAGCUAUCCUUUUGUAUCAACCACCUAUCAGAAACAAUUAUCCAUCUUUCAUGGUUGCUUUGACCUCAGAGUAUCGAUUGACGUUUAAUUUCACCCUCAGUACGGGUGUUAUAAAGGGUAUAGAGGUGGAGAGUAAAAGAAAAUUGAACAAUGGCGAAUGGCAAAAGAUUUGGAUCGAUUACAAUAAUUAUCACGUCAGAUUAAUGAUCAAUACAGAUUCUCAAAUGCUCGACCUCGAGGACAAAUUUGGACCGUUCGAGGGUUCUAUGUUCAUCGGUGGAGCUACCGCAGAACAUUUGAGAACUUCUUCGGUUCAGCAAGGACUCAUAGGCUGUUUUCGAGGUUUGGUCGUGAACGGGGAGAUCCUGGACAUUCACAGUUACAUGUCUGUUCAUUUGUCUGAGAUCAUCAAAGAUUGCAAACCUUUCUGUCAACCGAACAAAUGCCAGAACGGUGCCAGGUGCGUAGAAUUGUGGAGCAACUACGAAUGCGUCUGUGAGAACAAAUGGGCCCAUUUUGGCGACUAUUGCGAGAAGAACAUAAACAACGAGGCGUUGACAUUUACCUCACAGAGCGCUUUUCUGAAGAAGAACUACUUUGGCACGGAUGAAAAGGACGAAGAGAAGUCGCUGUUGAAGAAUAUACUGAUGGAGAAUAUUCUAAUCAAUCUGAGAACAUACGACACUUAUUCGUCGAUCUUGUACGCGAACGAUAACUUGAACAACUUUGCCCAUCUUUACAUUUCGAAUGGCACUAGUAUAGUAUAUCUGUUCAACGCUGGUAACGAGAUUAAGAAUAUCACUGUGGAAUAUCCGGUGAACACAGGGAUCUCGAUCCAAAUCGCGAUUAUUCGAAACGAGAAAUCAACAACGCUUCAUGUGAACGAGUACAAUUCUACAUUGAACGCUACGCCUGUACUGCUGGACACGUACUCGAACAAACCUUGGAUAAACCCUGAGAAAGAAGUGUUAGCUCCCCAGAGGCCGCCAGCAUCGCCCACCAGCUACUUCCAGGUGAAUCUAGGGGGCUUCGAUCCGGAUGAUUUGCUAAGAGUCGGCAAAGAGGACGCGCAAAUUAAGGGGUACGUCGGCUGUCUUGGUGGAUUAAUGAUCGGGGAAUACGUGGUCAAUUUAUCUAAGCUUGCCAACGAGGCUAAUCACGAGGGCAGCAAAGAGAUACUGCCCAAUUGUCAAACGAAAUGCGACGCAAUGCCUUGCAAGAAUUUGGGGAUCUGCACCGAAGAUUUUGAGAGGCAGGAAUCAUUGUGCAAUUGCGAAUUAACGUCGUAUUUCGGGGAGCAUUGCGCCGAUGAAAAAGGAGCAGACUUCAGUGGUGAGAGCGUUGUUCAACGAGAGUUCGAUCUCGUCGGAAAAGUGAACCAAGUGAAAGUUCAACUCGCAUUCUCGACCAACGAGCUUCGACAACGUACCACAGCCCUUUUGCUUUUACAGACAGAAAACAAAAGAAGCUACUACUUGCUCGUUGCUUUAACGUCGGAAGGCCAAUUGAUUUUCGAGGAGGACAGAGAAGGAUCCGCAUUUGGAGUACGUUUGAACGAUAUAAAUUUUUUGAACGGAGCCAGGCACAGUAUUUAUUACGUUCGAGACAAUAGCACUGUCACGUUUUUGAUCGAUCGUGAACCAGUGACACUGUUACCGAUUCCAGCAUUGACUCUCGGAGAGGACGAGAGCCCGGGGGUGACCGAGAUCCAACUUGGCGGUCUGAACACGACAGACUCGCGAUUCAGCGCGUACAAGGGAUACACCGGUUGUCUCAGCAACGUCGUGGUAUCGAUCAACGGGGGACCCGACAUGAAGCCGCUCGAGGAAUAUAUGCUAUUUACGAAACAGGGAAGCGAAACCGUCAGGGCGACGAUGCCUGCCGGCGUAAGGAGCGCUCAGUGCGCUGUCUUUCACGUCCAACCGCAUGGCCUUGAUCCACCCAAAAACGAUAGCAACGUGGGUGUCGACAAAGUGUGGGUGGAGGACCCCCCGGAGAGGAUAUCGUACAAGUCGCAAUACACGAACGCGACCCAGGAGGAGCAAGGUGCCGGUACUUACAUCUUCAUCGCGUUGUGUUGCGUAUUCGUGACAGCGGUGAUCGGUUGUAUCUACGAGGUGUGGCGGAGCGCGAGGAAGGAUCGGCGUCGAAGACGCGCAUCCGGUGUUUCCGUCGCCUCCACGGUUCCCGCGCCCGGCUCUCAGAGAUGGCAGACGCAACAAUACACGGAUCCGUUAACGGGUGGCGUGAAAACGGUCGGGUUCAAGAACGUGGCCGAGGACGAGAAAAGACCGAACGGCACGCACGUGAAGCCCCCCCCGGUCAAGGAGUACAAACCGCUGGCCAAUGCGGAGUCGAAAGACUUAAUUAACGAUAAAAGAGUUCAUAUCAUAGCAGAUGAAGAGCCAGAGAAGAAGGAGCUCCUAGGGGUAAAUACAGGCAUCAUCACUAAAUCUCCGAAACUGAAUCCAUUCUCAAUGGAAGAUCUACAGGAGGAACCGGAAUUGGAAGAAUGCGAAGAAGAGGAACCAGAUGAAGAGGAUGAAGAUGAAGAUGAAGAUGACCCCAAAGAACAAAAUACAGACGAGGAAGAGAUACAUCAAAAAACAGAACGUACUGAUGAUAAUGAUUUUGUCAAGUCGGAAAACACGCUAAAUGGUAUUGGACAACGAUCAAGAAUCGAAAAUUUAUUUUCAGAUUCUGCAAGGCGUUACAUUUACAAUCUGCCAUCUAUCUAUUUAUUGGAUCGAAGAAUUUUUGGAUAUCCAUUGAACUAUUUUGGUGUUGCGAAAUAUCAAUCAAGAAAUAGAAAUUCCAUUGAAUCGGUAUUAUCUUUGGAUUAAUGGAUACUUCCCGAAUUUAUAAAAAAAUUUUUAAUUUCGCGCCAUGUUGUGUGCGCACGCAUCACAACUCUGAAGAUAAUGCGAAAUAAAAAAAUUUUAAUGUACAACGAUAUACAAUAACGAAUCUUCGUUAAAUAUUUUAUGAUAGCUCUUCAUUACAAAAGCAAAAAUCUUUGAUUUGUUUUAAAAAUAUGUAACACUUACUUAUGCAAAUGUAGAUUAAGUCCACCAAUGAAAUAUUUCCGUGAAUUUUUCAUGCUACACAUACUUGAUUGAAGAUGUUCAUGGAAAGUUGAAAUAAUUUACUGGAAAAAAACAAUAAAAUUAUUUCUGAUGGUCAUACUCUUAAAUAACGAUUCCUACAAACAUCUCCUUACAUGUAUAAUAUCAAAUUUAUAUUAUAUUAUAAUACGUACAUAUUAGAAUAUCAAA